UAUUACCCAUGGCAUGUGCGCCACUCGCUCAUCCGCUCGCUAUUUUGCAUAAAAUGUGUGUCAGUAGGGCAGCGCUGUUCUCCGGCACAUGCAGCGCGCACAUGCACGCGCGGCUUCAGCUCACGCCGCGGCGGAAUUAGCGCCACCGGCUCGCGUGCGCACGGGCGUCGCGCGCCAGUGCGAGCGCACGAGGCGAUGAGGGUUGCGGAGGGCGAGCGGGUCGGCGCGAGAAAUCCCCAGGGUUACCGAGACGACAGGGCUUGAAGAAAAAAGAAAAAAAAAAAAAAAGAGGAGAAACAAAAGCGCGUCACAUUUAGCGGUCGACCGAAAACGUGAUUGAUGUGUGCGGUGGGUGUGUUCACGAGUGGGAGUGUUUGCGCGUGUUGACAGCUCCGCCGUCACUCCAAUGGCUGUGAUUACUUCGGAUUUCCAAACACCGCUUGUUGUCGACUUGCGGCCGAGCUGCUCACACACUCACUCUGCCAUCGCAUCUCAAGAGUUCAGGGCAACAGCGCACACGCUCGUACUGCUCCAGAAGUGCAUUCCCACCUGGAGUCCCGGGAAAGAAGCCGUUAUUCUCAUGCAUUGUUCCACUUUUCCAUCACUACUCGCGCUUCGCGUCUCGCUUACUGACAUACAGAGACAGAGACAAUAAAUAACCCCGCAUUAAAUCAGCUGCAUUUUUACACGAGGAUGGACAACAGCCCAGGAGGUGUGAUCCUCUACGCAGGCACGUCUGGCAGCGCCAGCCCCAGUCCAGGCAGCCCCUCCAGCGGGUACCAGACGCAAUCACCGUCCUCAGCCUCUCAGCCCUCGUCCCCGGAGGAGAUCACCUUCACUGAGAUUGGGGCUCUGAAGCACAGAGUGUCUGUGGGGACCCCUCCUUCACCCAAGCUGGUCUUCCAGUUCCCUGAGAUCACAAGCACCCCUGGCCCUGGCCUGGUCCAGCCCAGCCUCUCCCACCCCAUCAUAGGGAAGAGACCUUGCGGGUUCUCAGGCACUUUCACAAAGACUGGAGGGAUGGUGCUGCUGUGCAAGGUGUGUGGAGACAUCGCCUCCGGCUUCCAUUACGGCGUGCACGCCUGCGAGGGCUGCAAGGGCUUUUUCCGGCGCAGCAUCCAGCAGAACAUCCACUACAAGAUGUGCGUGAAGAACGAGAACUGCCUGAUAAUGCGCAUGAAUCGCAACCGCUGUCAGCACUGCCGUUUCAAGAAGUGCUUGUCGGUGGGCAUGUCACGAGAUGCUGUACGUUUUGGUCGGAUUCCAAAGCGUGAGAAGCAGAGGCUACUGGAUGAAAUGCAGAGCUACAUGAACAGCCUUAAUGAAUCCGCAUCUAUGGAAAUAGACUCCACCCCUCCCCAGGAGGCUCCACCCAGUCCAGGGGAUGGCCAGACAGAGGAAGCCAUAGGAGCCAUUUCCCGUGCUUACCAAGACAUCUUUGUACGUAGUCAAGAUAGACUGGGCAGGAGGAGCAACAUGAACAUGAAUCCAACUUCCUUCCAGAACAAGCCUACUCAAGAGAGCAGCUACACACAUCCCCCAUCACACACACUUCCAACCCAGGGAUACAACUUAUGUCCCUCUACCAGGUACCCAGUUACUACUUGCUGUCCAGCCAUUCCUCACGACCCUUCUCCAGUUGCUAUUUGUGACAACAACCGUUAUGGCUACCUGAGUUCAUCCAGUCAAAGCAACUGCCCACCUAAUGUGGGUGCACCUCCUCAGGCCCGCUCAACCAAUUAUAUGAAUUAUCCAACCAACAAGACUCAAAGUCAGUCUUCAUGUCCCUGGAGACUGGCUCCAGGCACCAAAGUGCUGGCAUGUCCUCUCAACGCGUACCCCGUGUCCCCGGCAGGGCGCACCAGUCACCAAGUGUGGGAGUCCUUCUCGCAGUGCUUCACGCCUGCAGUGCGUGAGGUUGUAGAGUUUGCCAAGGGCAUCCCGGGCUUCCAGAACCUCAGCCAGCAUGACCAGGUCAUGCUGCUCAAGGCUGGGACCUUCCAGGUCCUGAUGGUACGGUUCUGCACGCUGUUCAACGCCAAGGAGCGCACAGUAACCUUCUUGAAUGGACAGACGUACCCGCUGGCUGCUCUGAGAGUGCUCGGCAUGGGCUCUUUGUUGGAUGCCAUGUUUGAGUUCACUGAGAAGCUGGGCUCUUUGGGACUGGAGGGAGACGAGAUGGCUCUCUUCAUGGCCGUGGUGCUGGUUUCAGCAGACCGCUCCGGCAUCAAGAACGUGGACGCAGUGGAACAGCUGCAGGAGGGUCUGAUCCGGGCCCUGCGGUCGCUCGUCACCCGCCGACAUCCCGGGGACAGCACUCUGUUUCCAAAACUGCUGCUGCGCCUGCCAGACCUGCGCACCCUGAACAACCUGCACUCAGACAAGUUGCUGGCCUUCCGCAUUGACGACUGAGCAGCUCGCUCGCCCCACAGUGGGGUUGGGUACUUCCAAACUGAAGUGGAGAAGAAAAUAGGUUCCAAAACAAAUGGAACGCAACUGAACCUGACCAGACUGGCAGGAGCCAACUUACACCUGCAAUCAAAUGUUUAGAGAUGGAGUAUGUUCCACUUAUUGACUUCACUCACUCCAUCACAUUCAGAGUGGGACCACCUCAGACCUCAGGGAGGAUGGGGUGGGAAGGGCUUGGUUAUAUCGUAGCUCUCAGCUCUUAGCUCUGAUCCACUGUUCACUCCUCUGGAAAAGUGAAUUUCUGGAAAUCCAGAAGCAAUUUUUUCCACCUUUCCUGUCUCUUAUUACUUUUCUCCCCUGGCUUCCAAUUCACUCCAGCUGACAGCUGAGCAGACUUCGCCUGUGUGUUUAUCAGGAGAACAUGCACUUAUCACCCAAGAACCACAAAUAAUAAUAGUGUGUGUGUGUGUUUACGUGCGUUUCUGUGUUCUCCUCUGCGGGCAUGUAAGAGAAAGGGAAUAAACACACUGUACAUAAUACAUACAGGUAAGACAUGCACAACAACAGUCCGUUAUCUAAUGCUGGCAAUUUUGAUUCAAAGACAAAAAACAAAAUCAGAUAAAUAAAAGUAGAAUGGUAGGGCACUAUUAUAGUAAUACUCACAUUCAUUGUGUUAACCACUGAUGUUUUUGUAAACCCUUAGAAAGACAACGGAUUGAUGCUUUGGUAAAUGUGCAAUAUUACACAUGUUUUUAAAAUUGUUUAAUUCAUGUGUAUUUCUUUGUUUAACAAUGACAUCUGUCAUUAGAGUGGGGUUUCGUUACAAUUUCUCCACAUGAACUUACGUCUGGAAUCAGGGAGACACGAAUGGUUGUGAAUUUCAUGCAUGUUCAGUUUUGUAGUUUGAUUUUGUUGUUCUAAAUAUUGUGGCAGUUAAUGUGCUGCUUGUUGACAACCAGCCCUGGAUUCGGCAUGCUGGAACCCGGAGGUCCACGGAGAAGGUGACGCGUGUGGGGAAUGUGGGGCAGGGAAAGGGAUGGUAAAGAGAACGAAACACCACUAGUGUAACUUAGUGAGUUGCGCUGAAAGCAGUACGGCCAGUAUGACAGUCACUCUUUACUCCAACCCUCAAGUUUGCCGUAUAAAUGAAGGUACAACAAAUCAACUUUAAGUUGGUUGGACACAAUCUUUGUUGUCUGAUUACUGCUGAUUGAUUAUAUCCUGUUGUACAUACUGUAAAAUACUGUUCUUUAUCUUCUUCCAUAGAAACAAUAUAUAAAGUUGCGA